CAGCAGUUCUCCCGGCCGACCGCUGCCUUCGGUGUCUCUGAGCAUCUGCAGAGUGCCUUUCCGCAGUCGGCGAGGGGCGCCUAACUUCCUCCGCCCAUCCUUCCCCUUCUCCUGGGGCGAUCAGUGCGGGGCAGGGUAGGGCAAACCUGGCUUGCCGUGGGAGCAUAGCCCUUAGAGCUGCUCGGCCUUACUUUGGAUGAAGGAAAAGACCGCCGGGCUGAGAGAGUCUCCUACCACAUCCACCAAGCUGCCUUUCAUAGUCGCGUUUUCUGAACGGCUGUUUCUUUCCCUUUCCCUUCCCAGGAUAAUCUAGCCGCAUCAUGGCUGCCCCAGAUGAGCUCAAAUUUCACGAAUUUAAUGAAGCCAUGGAUUUGCUGGCUGAGAAUGCUGAUGCUACUACACCUAGCAUUAGUGAGAGGCAAAGCCACACAACUCUCAACAUGUCUUCUAGCUAUAAUGAGGAACAUGAACCAGAUGAAGAGGAUGAUAAAACUGAGCUCUUGAGCUUCCAGAAGAAGCAAUCCAGUUUCUGGACAUUUGAAUAUUAUCAGGCCUUCUUCAAUGUUGACACAUACCAGGUGCUGGACAGAAUAAAAGGCUCCCUGCUUCCACUACCGGGGAAAAACUUUGUAUGGCAUCACUUGCAGAACAAUCCUGACCUCUAUGGACCCUUCUGGAUCUGUGCCACAUUGGUGUUCACACUAGCCAUCAGUGGCAAUUUAUCUAACUUCCUGGAAAAAAGAGGCAGCUCCUCCUUCCACUACAGCCCUCAAUUCCACAAAGUGACUAUUGCAGGCAUAGUUAUCUACUGCUAUGCCUGGCUGGUACCCUUGGGUCUGUGGGGCUAUCUACAGUGGCGAAAGGGAGCCCAUGUCACCACUGAUGCGUACACUUUCCUGGAAAUGGUGUGCAUUUAUGGCUACUCGCUCUUUGUGUACAUCCCUACUGCGGUUCUGUGGCUAAUCCCUAUACUGUGGCUGCAGUGGCUCCUGAUCAUACUUGCAAUGGGGUUGUCAGGCUCACUUCUGGUCCUUACCUUCUGGCCAGUUAUCCGUUCAGACACCAAGCCAGCUGCCUGUGCCAUAAUGGCCAUUAUUGUUUCUCUUCAUAUCCUCCUAGCUAUUGGUUGCAAGCUCUAUUUCUUUCAGAAACCAAGCAUCACAUCUCCUGCUGCUACGACUUACACAACAGCAGCUCAGCAGAACAGAAGCAUACACCCUCAUCUGGCUACUUCCUCCAGCACUGCAGCAGUGGGAAAGUGAAUCUGCCACUGAUCACGAAUAUCCAGUCUCAGGGAAGAGCACACCACUGAAGUAAUCCACUCGAGAGACAGGAAAAACCCUGACCUGAAAGAGGAUCUUCCCCAGUGGGCCAAGCAAGGUCAUACGCCACCAUUUCAAGACUCAUUGUUUUGCUACUGCCAGCCAGAGCAUGCCAGCAGUUGGCUUGAUUUGGAAAGCAGCUCACCUUGGAAGCCAUUUGGGAGGCCUGGCAGAUCUAAGCAUCCAGAGCAGCUUUGGUUGAUGCAGCUGCCCCUUGCUCUGCUGUAGCAGGAUGGCCUGUCGCAGUAGGGCAGAAGAGAAGGGCUGCGUGAAGGGUUUGUUGCAUCUCUUUAACAGUAGGGGAAAAACUGAGGAAAAUUUAACUAAAUGGGUGCAUUCCUGUGGGUUUAGUGAACAAUUUCUUUGCAGGAAAGGUUCUUGUAUAAGAAGGCAAAACAUCACUUAAAAGAUUAACCA